AUGGACCCCUCAUCUAUCAGUACGAGUGCGGCAGCCCUUGUCGCAAUAUCUGCUCAAGUUGUUCGGUUGAUCAAAACCACAAUUGAGAAGCUGAAAAAUAGCGCGAGACAGUUAUUACGAUUGCUAAACCAGGUGGAGCGUGUACGGCUUCUUCUUGAACAGCUACGAGCCUUUGGUAGACGACUUGGAGACAACAGUACGCUACUACUUAGUUUUAAUGAUAGCACUUGCAGAGAUACGAUGGCCGACCUUCGGAAUUUUGUCCACGGCAUAGCCUCGUCAAAGGGGUUUCUUGUUGGCGUAUCACCAAUGGUCAAUGAAAGUAAAUUGUCCGAUUUGCUACGGAGACUGCAUCGCCAUGAGGAGGAGAUCCAGACGCUUUUGAUGACAAUGGCGACGGGAUCGACAUUGAGAACAGAAGAAGAGGCGAUCAAGAUUAGCGAAAACGCCCUCUCGCGCGCUCGGGCUACGACUGCCUUUGAAUCUACUGAUUCCCAAGAUGUAGAUAGCAGUGAGAAUACACGAAACAUGCCCCAGGUAUGGCAUGGCCAGUGCUCCCGCCACAAAUUUGAUAAUGAUUAUCGCACGGAACGUGACAGGCUAUCGAACGCAGCAUACGCUGGUGAGUGGGAUGAGCUAUUCGAAAUCCUGAAGACUGCCAAACGAAAAUAUAACGAAUCUUGGGUCAAUUGUCCUCGCCUAAGAGAGAACACGAGUGGGUGGACGCCUCUACACCAGGCGGUAUUUAUGUGUGCAGAUGAGGACGAGAUAGAGGCUUUGUUAGAACUUGGUGCAUUGCGCACACUACGCACGAUAUACGCAGAUCCGGAUGAAUUUCCGUACCCUGAUCUGACCCCAAUCGAAAUGGCCCGUUACCUAAGCUACACACACAUGUACAGCUUGUUACAGCCAGUCAUUCGACACAAUAUUCCAGACAAGUCACUCGACUGCCUCCAGCAGCGGUUCCACGACCUUAUUCUUCUAACCGAGCUCGAGGAGCCAGAGAUGCGGUUCCCAGUUGGUUCCCCGGAUGCGGUUAAUCCUCAGGGGUAUAUAUAUCGCUUGGAUUGGCGAGAGCUCCUCGUCAAAAGCUACGGGAUCACUGGGCCUGAUGAAUCAAAGCAGUAUAGGAUAUCAGAGGCGGGUAUUGACGACAUUGAGGAGGCUAUUGUAUUUGGAGGAUAG